AUGGCUGCUGCUAGACGAUUAUGGGUGAAGCUAAGACUAUCAUCCAAGUACCUCGCGACUUUACCCAAGUUUGAUCCCUAUGUGUCAAAAUCACGGUUAAAGAAGAUAGCCCAAGAAGAGAAGAAGGGAAUAAGCCCCUCCAUAUCAAAUCUGCAGAGAUCUUCACCGGCUCCGGAAGGUACAGGCACACCCGGUCCAUCGAACAAUGCAAACAGCACUGGCGCAAGUGGAUCAGGAAUCAGCCAGUAUAAGAUUAAUGUUGGGCUCAAGGGUGAUUCCACGUCAGGCCUUACAAUGAAUAGUAUAAAUCCCGCACUUUACGUGCUAGAUAAGUCGGGUAAGCCGUGCAGACGCUGGGUGAAGAAACAGAAACAGUUCAAGAGUUUUACCGGGUUUAAAAUGAAAUACACGGCAUACGAAGGAAAAGAGCCUGGGCUGAAAGACGAACAAAUGAGCAGUGCCAAGGUAACAAGCAGUGAAUCAGAGAGUGGUAAAGAGAGGAUAGUAUCUGCUGGAAUCCCAGAGGUCAAAGUGGAGACCUAG